AGAGUGGGUUUUUUUCCCCUCUUCCUCCACUCUUAGGACGUGCCUGAUCUUCCUGAAUAGUCCAGCACAAGCUAAUCCACAAGGUUCAAUCAGGCUAAGUAGUUGGGGGACCGUGUCAACUCUGAAUUACAAUGAGCAGCAGGGGAGGAUCUGUCAGCUGACUAAUCAAGGAUAGUGGAUUUUUUUUUUUUUUUUUUUUUUUUUUGCAGCUCUGCCGCGGUGGUAAUGGACGCAGCUUUAGCUUUGUUUGAUAGGGAUUUUUUUGCUGUUGGUUUUAAAUACCACGCAAGAAGCAGCUUGUAUUUCAUCAAUGUUGCGUUGACAAUCGGAAAAGAAGAGUGUAAUUGUGUAUAGGUGAGAUGGCAGAAGCAAAUCCCCCGAGAGGCAAGAUGAGGUUCAGAAGGAAUGCGGCCUCUUUUCCUGGGAGCUUACACUUAGUCCUGGUUUUACGUCCUACCAGUUUUAUUCAGCGGACUUUCACAGACAUUGGAUUUCGAUUUAGCCAGGAGGAUUUUUUGCUGAAAUUACCAGUUGUUGUGCUGAGCUCAGUUAGUGAUUUGCUGACAUACAUUGAUGACAAGCAAUUAACCCCUGAGUUAGGCGGCACCUUGCAGUACUGCCACAGUGAAUGGAUCAUCUUCAGAAAUGCCAUUGAAAAGUUUGCUGUCACAGUUAAAGAAAUGGCUCAGAUGUUGCAAUCCUUUGGGAUAGAACUGGCUGAAACAGACCUACCAAAUGAUAUUCCUUCAAUAGAAGAGAUUCUGGCAGUUCGUGCUGAAAGGUAUCAUUUGUUGAAGAAUGACUUAACAGCUGUAACCAAAGAAGGAAAAGUUCUGCUCACAAACCUGCAAGUGCCUAACACUGAAGAAAAUGUCAGUUCAAGUCUUGACUGCCCUCAGCAAAUAAGUGGUGACUGGCAAACUAUUAAUAAGUUGCUGGUUCAAGUGCAUGAUAUGGAAACUGCGUUUGAUGGAUUUUGGGAAAAACACCAACUAAAAAUGGAGCAGUACCUACAAUUGUGGAAGUUUGAGCAAGAAUUUCAAGAGAUUAUGACUCAAUUUGAAAUUUUAUUAGAUCAACAAAGAGAACUGGGUGAUGUAACAGGGAACUUAGCUCAAGUAAAACAGCAACUUAAAAAAAUAGAGAUCUUGGAUGAAAAAUCUCAGGAACUGUUAGUGAAAGCCCGGCUUGUGAUACUACAUGGCCACAAGCUUGCAUCGAAUCACCACUAUGCACUUGAUUUAAUCUGUCAGAGGUGCAAUGAGCUACGCUACCUUUCUGAUGUUUUAGUUAAUGAGAUCAGAGCAAAGUGGAUGCAGCUCAGCAGGACUUUCAAAAUGCACAAACUCCUACAGCAGGCACGUCAGUGCUGUGAUCAAGGGGAAUGCCUCCUGGCUAAUCAGGGAGCAGAUAAGUUUCAGACUAAAGAAGAAGCUCAGAAAGCCCUUCAUGAUGUAGAGAAUUUUCUUCAAAUGGCUGUGCCUUUCAUCAGUUAUGAUAUUGAAAAUCUGCAAUAUGAAUUUGAUGUGCUCUUAUCUCCUGAACUCAAGGCUCAAAUGCAGAAUGUACAACUCAAGCUUGAAAAUAUUCGAAGUAUAUUUGAGAACCAACAGGCAGGUUCUAAGAACCUGAAAGAUAGUCCUGAGAGGCCAGUUCAGUGUGUGAUUCCUGCACCUGAAAAUUUGAUGAGACCAAGAGCAAUGUUCUUUUCACCUAAACAUGUAAAGCAAUCUUGGAGAAAGACUCAUACUCAGAGCAACAUAAAAAUUGAAGUUAUUCAGGACAGCCAAGAGAAGAGGGAUUCUGAGCAGUCUCCCAGACUGGACAAUAGCUUGGAUAUUUUAAAGAACCAUGUCGUGAAUGAGCUGAUAGAGUCAGAGAGGGCAUAUGUUCGAGAGCUGUUUACUGUUCUGUUGGGCUACAGAUCUGAGAUGGACAAUCCGCAGAUGUUUGAUCUUAUGCCACCUCUCCUGAGAAAUAAAAAGGAUGUUCUCUUUGGAAAUAUGGCAGAAAUAUAUGAAUUCCAUAACAACAUUUUCAUGAGCAGCCUGGAAGAUUGCUCUAAUGCUCCAGAAAGAGUGGGACCUUGCUUCCUGGAAAGGAAGGAUGAUUUUCAGAUUUAUGCCAAGUACUGUCAGAAUAAACCCAGGUCAGAGUUAAUUUGGAGGAAGUAUUCAGAAUGUGCCUUUUUCCAGGAAUGUCAAAGAAAAUUAAAACAUCGACUUGGUCUUGAUUCCUAUUUGCUCAAACCAGUUCAACGAAUCACUAAGUACCAGUUGCUUUUAAAGGAGCUCUUAAAGUACAGCAAAGAAGGAGAAGGAACGAGUAAGUUAAAGGAGGCACUUGAUACAAUGCUGGACUUACUGAAGUCAGUGAAUGACUCCAUGCAUCAGAUUGCAAUCGAUGGCUAUAUUGGAAAUCUGAAUGAGCUGGGCAAGAUGGUUUUGCAAGGUGCAUUCAGUGUUUGGCUGGGACACCGGAAAGGUGCUACAAAAAUGAAGGAUUUUGCAAGAUUCAAACCCAUGCAGAGACAUCUUUUCUUGUAUGAAAAAGCUGUUAUGUUUUGUAAGAGGCGUGUUGAAUCUGGAGAAAGUGCUUAUAGAUACCCAUCAUACAGUUUUAAGCACUGCCUAAACAUGGAAGAAGUUGGAAUCACAGAAAACGUGAAAGGUGAUAACCGCAAGUUUGAAAUACGGUAUGGUGAGAAGGAAGAAAUUUACAUUGUUCAGGCUCCAACUAUUGAUGUGAAGCUGUUAUGGUUAAAAGAAAUAAGAAAAAUUCUGUUGAAGCCGCAGGAACUUUUGGCUGCCCAAAACCAGCAGGAUCAGCCAAAAGAACAAGAUCAACUUUCUUCUCAGCAGGGGAAUGCUGAAAAGCAAGAGGAAACUAUUAUAAAUGCUGUUGAAGGAGGAACAGAAGUGGAACAAGACAGUGCCAUGGUAGAGUUCAGGGAGACAGUUGUGCCAUUUCAGGCAGAAGCAAAUUCCACAGCUUGGAUUGAGAUGCCACCAUCUUCAGAAGGCGCUGCAGCAGUGGAAUGUUCAAACAACUAUUUGUGCCCUGCUUACAAUGACAGUGGAGAAGAUAGGACAGAAAUGGUUAGUAUGAUGUACUAAAUCAAAUUUCCAGAGGCACUUUUACUGAUGAAAUAAACAGUGCACGCAAAGAAAAAAAAUUUGUCAGGAUCCUUAUUGAGUAUAUUCCAUAAUGAAAAGAUUUGAAGUGAAUCUUGUAAGCACUCAUGAACCACUUCUCUUUAUACAGAAUACAUCUUAGAACACUACUGAAGUUAGGUAAAUGACCAGUUUCCAAAUGCCUAUAAAUAUAUCACUAUGGUUGUUAUUUUUUAUCUUUUUCCAUUCUGGAUCCCUCUAUGGUAGCCCAGACUGGCCCUCUGCUUUAGGCUGUCAACUGCUAGGAUUAUAAAUGUGUGAUUUCAUGACCUUGUCAAUUUUAGCCUUUUCUAAAAAAGGUAAAGUGUCUAUUUUAGAACACAUCUCUCUGUAUAUAGAAUUUUUCUUUAAGUUUAAUAUUUGAAAUUAUUAGUUCACAGAGAGUUAACAAAAAUAUUAUUGAAAUGUCUUGUAUUCUCUUCCCAGUGGUGACACCUCCUAUAAUUAGAGGACAAUACCAAAUCUUGAAAAUUAACUCAGUGCUAUCCAUAGGCUUCCCCCCUCCCCCAUGUGCUUUUGUAUAUGUGUAUAAGCAGUUCUGUAUAAUUUUGUCCAAGGCUGUGUUUUUACAUAGGCAAGAGGGAUAGACCCAGACUUAUGAAGCUACAAAUAUAUUUUAGAAAUUUACUUUGUGCAAUUAUUUCUUUUUUAAAUACAAUCAUUUCUUAAUUAAUAUUAACAGUAUUAAUGUGAGAAGGGUUAAAUUUUGUUAGCUAUAAUUUACCGAGGAAGAAAUUAAGGGCUAGCAAGAUAUUUGCCUUAAUUGUCUGUCUUAGGAGUUCUCAUAUUUUGAGUGACAGCAGAUGUGCGUUGAUGUCCAACACUUACAGGAUUGCUUACAACCAUCUGUAACUCUAGUUUGAGGGGAUCCUAUGUCCUCUUCUGGCCUCCAAGGGCCACAGGCAUAUAUACUACACAUACAAAAAUUUAAAAAGAACUUUUAUUUACUUUUUAAGUUACAACUAUUGAAAAUAUACUCUAUUAUACAUUAAAAAGAUAAUUAAGAUUUAAAUUGGGAAACCUAUAAUUCUGAGUAAAUAUUAUUUUUAUUAAAAAGUGAGUUACCUUUUUUAAAGUUAAAAAACUAGUGAAAGUAUCUUUAAUAUCUGGCUUAUUUAAAUACAUCCUGAGCCAGGGCUGGUGGUGGCACAUAAGUUUAAUUCUAGCUUUUGGGAGGCAGAAGUAGGUGGGCCUCUGAUUUCAAGACCAGCCUCGUCUACAAAGUGAGUUUCAGGACAGCUAAGGCUACAGAGAGAAACCAUGUUUUGUUUUGUUUUUGUUUUUUUCCCAACUUUUUUAUUAUUACUAUCAUUUAUUGUGAUUUAUUCACUAUUUUAUUAAUUAAACUUUAUUCACUUUGUAUCCCCCCACAAACCCCUCCCGCCUCCCCUCCCGAUCCUACCCUCCCUCCUCCUUCUUCACGAAUGCCCCUCCCCAAAUCCACUGAUAGGGGAGGUCCUCCUCUCCUUCCUUCUGAUCUUAGUCUAUCAGACCUCAUCAGGAGUGGCUGCAUUGUCAUUUUCUGUGGCCUGGUAAGGCUGCUCCCCACUCAGGGGGAGGUGAUCAAAGAGCAGGCCAGUCAGAUUAUGUCACAGGCAGUCCCUCUUCCCAUUACUAUGGUACCCACUUGAACACUGAACUGCCAUGGGCUACAUUUGUGCAGGAGUUCUAGGUUAUCUCCAUGCAUGGUACUUGGUUGGAGUAUGAGUCUCUGGGAAGUUCCCUGUGUUCAAAUUUCCUGGUUCUGUUGGAGAAACCCUGUCUUAAAAAACAAAAUAAUAGCAGAAAAGACAUCCUUUCUCUCAUAUGGUUUUGAAUCCAAUAUAUUCUAUUAUUUUAUAUCAGAUAAACCAUAUAAAACUUUCCAGAAUAAUGUGAAAAUGGGAGUAAAUGAGGCAAAUAAUAGUAUAAUGUAAGCCUGACCCUCCAGACCUAUUUAAUUUCUUAAAAAGAAAUGGUCUGCUUUCUAUAAUUGGCAACCAGCUGGUUUAAACCAACUAUAAUGAUAAAUGACAUUUCCUUAAUUUAUAUUAUUGGUAGAUGAAUUAGAUUGGAUUAGUUGGUCAAAUGUGAGCAAGAAGUCAGAGGAAAGCAGUUUGUAUUUGAACCCUGACUGUAGAUGGUAUGGAAGGGCUUGUCAGAACUGGGUCUUUUAGCAUUUAUCAAGUUAUGAAGUCAGAAAAUAAAGUUGACUGAUACUUUAAUCACAGGCAUUGGGAAUGCAGGAAAACCCAGCAGAGUUCCUUUCAGAAUACCUUUCUGAGUCCUGCUACCAGGGAAAACAUACAAUAACAUUUUGGUACAGCCCACAACACCUUUACCCUAAAGCUUAAAAGACAUUUUGAGAGAUAUGUCUUAAAGGGAGUAGAUGAUGUUCUUAAGAAUGACACAUGAUGUCCUCUGGUCUCUGCAUGCACAUGUACACACACACACACACACACACACACACACAUGCACGCACGCACGCACUCAUGCACGCACCCCCCCCCACAUGUUCACGUUUAUCCACACACCUGCAACCCAUACACAUGCUCAUACAAUAUGAGCACAAGUGUAUAUGGAUUAAAAAAAAGAAGUUGAAAUGAGCUAUUCAUUUAGCUUCACUUUACAAA